GUGGCAGUGGCGGCGGAGGCCCGGACUCGCGCCACCUGUCCGAGUGCCACCUGAACUCAGAGUAACCGAGGGUCCAAACAUCCGACCAGCGGCUGGCCACCAUGCCGCGCUCAUUCCUGGUCAAGAGCAAGAAGGCGCACAGCUACCACCAGCCGCGUUCUCCGGGGCCGGACUACUCCCUGCGCCUGGAGACCGUGCCUGUGCCGGGCAGAGCAGACGGCGGCGCUGUGAGUGCAGGAGAGUCGAAGAUGGAGCCCCGAGAGCGUUUGUCCCCCGAGUCUCAGCUUACCGAGGCUCCAGACAGAGCCUCCGCGUCCCCCAACAGCUGCGAAGGCAGCGUUUGUGACCCGAGCUCCGAGUUCGAGGACUACUGGAGGCCCCCUUCUCCCUCUGUAUCUCCAGCGUCGGAGAAGUCGCUGUGUCGCUCUCUGGACGAAGCCCAGCCCUACACGCUGCCUUUCAAGCCCUACGCGUGGAGCGGCCUCACGGGGUCUGACCUGCGGCACCUGGUGCAGAGCUACCGGCAGUGCAGCGCGCUGGAGCGCAGCGCUGGCCUGAGCCUCUUCUGCGAGCGCGGCGCGGAGUCCGGCCGCCCGGCCGCGCGCUAUGGCUCGGAGCAGGCUGCGGGCGGAGCGGGUGCGGGACAGCCUGGGAGCUGCGGAGCAGCCAGCGGCGCCACCAGCGCAGGGGGCCUGGGGCUCUACGGCGACUUCGCGCCUGCGGCGGCCGGGCUGUACGAGCGGCCGAGCACAGCCGCAGGCCGGCUGUACCAAGAUCGCGGCCACGAGCUGCACGCGGACAAGAGUGUGGGAGUCAAGGUGGAGUCCGAGCUGCUGUGCACCCGCCUGCUGCUGGGCGGCGGCUCCUACAAAUGCAUCAAGUGCAGCAAGGUGUUUUCCACACCGCACGGGCUGGAGGUGCACGUGCGCCGGUCCCACAGCGGCACGAGACCCUUUGCGUGCGAGAUGUGCGGCAAGACUUUCGGGCACGCGGUGAGCCUGGAGCAACACAAGGCCGUACACUCGCAGGAACGCAGCUUUGACUGUAAGAUCUGUGGCAAGAGCUUCAAGAGGUCAUCCACGCUGUCCACACAUCUACUCAUUCACUCGGAUACCCGGCCCUACCCCUGUCAGUACUGUGGCAAGAGGUUCCACCAGAAGUCAGACAUGAAGAAACACACUUUCAUCCACACAGGUGAGAAGCCCCACAAAUGCCAGGUGUGUGGCAAAGCCUUCAGUCAGAGCUCCAACCUCAUCACUCAUAGCAGAAAGCACACAGGGUUCAAGCCCUUUGGCUGUGACCUGUGUGGGAAGGGCUUCCAGAGGAAGGUGGAUCUCAGGAGGCACCGAGAGACUCAGCAUGGACUCAAAUGAGUACCCUGGCAGUCUGCAACACCAACUGUCUAACACUACUGUGAGGGAUGC